AUGGGCGCCCGGCAGGAUUACACCAAGGCCGUCUCGCAGCAUGAGGACGACCCCUCUCCUCCGGCAAAGAGACGAAGGACCGACGAAGGCGAUGCGUCACAAGAGGCGGAAAAACAGAUCCAAUCUGGCCCAUCGGAACAGAAACCACCGGACAUUGACGAGAGCUUCUACUCUAGACAGCUCUACGUACUCGGGCGCGACGCCAUGGUUCGCAUGGCCCAGUCAGACGUUCUCAUUUUGGGCAUGGGAGGCCUGGGCGUCGAGAUCGCCAAGAACGUCAUCCUGGCCGGCGUCAGGUCCGUCACCAUUCAUGACGAGCAAGUGUGCACCGGUGUGGACCUCUCGGCACAGUACUUCCUCAGUGAAAAUACUCUAGGCGAAAACCGGGCAAAGGCAUGCGAAGCUUCCCUGGGACAACUGAACCAGUACGUGCAGGUGAAAGCCCAUACGGAACCGCUGACGAAGGAUUUCGUGAAAAAAUUCACCGUGGUCGUGUUGACCGAGACCCCACUGGAAGCACAACUGUCCGUGUCCGCAUUCACCCACGAGAACAACAUCCCGCUCAUCGUCGCCGAUACCAAGGGCGUGGCUGGGCAAAUCUUCUGCGACUUCGGCGAAAAAUUCCGCGUCCUUGACCCCAACGGAGAGCCGCCUCGAUCGGUUAUGAUUAAGUCCAUCAGCCAGAAGCAAGGAGUGGUCGCAACGGUACACAAGGCGCGGCACGGUUUCGAGGACGGCGACUACGUCACAUUUUCCGAAGUCCGAGGCAUGACCGAGAUCAACGACUGCCCGCCCAUGGAGGUCAAGGUUUUAUGUCCACACCGAUUCUCCGUGCAGCUUCCAGCGAAUUACGCUGAUUGCGGUAUAGGUGGCAUUGCGACCGAGGUGAAAAUUCCGAAGGAUGUCAAGUUUAAACCCUUGAAGGAAUCCCUGCUAAACCCAGAGUUCGUGACAUGUAAUUCGGCGAGCGCAGACCACGACGCGCAACUGCAUCUGGGAUUCCAGGCUCUGCACGCCUUUGAGGAGGCGCACCAGCAACUGCCGCGUCCCUGGGACGUGGACGACGCUAUGGAGGUGGUAGAGUUUGCCAAGAAGAUGAACGCCCUGCAGGCGAAGCCGCUCAAGGAAUUGGACGAGAGGAUUCUCACUCUGCUGUCUUGUGUCUCAUCUGGCUCCCUGUGUCCCAUGCAUUCUGUCAUCGGCAGUAUAGCAGCACAGGAAGUAAUGAAGGCGUGCAGCGGCAAGUUCACUCCGAUCCACCAGUGGUUCUACUUCGAUGCUUUCGAGUGCCUCCCACAGGAGGGCGCCAUUCCAGAAAUGAACGACGAUGAAAUGGGCCUUACAAGGUACUUCGCACAGGUCUGCGUGUUUGGUGAGGGAGUGCAGGGCCUACUGCUGUCACGGAGAUACUUCGUAGUAGGAGCCGGGGCUAUUGGCUGUGAACUGCUCAAGAACUUCGCCAUGAUGGGCGUCGGGGCAUGCGAGGGUUGCAUCUAUCUCACGGACUCGGACAAGGUCCAGAGGUCCAACCUGAACAGGCAGUUCCUCUUUCGGGCCGAGGAUGUCGGUCGCCCGAAGUCUGUCGCCGCCACAGAAGCUGCUGUGCUAAUGAAUCCGGAACUAUGCAUCGUGCCUUACGAGAAGAAGGUCGGGCCAGAAACGGAGAGCAUGUACGAUGACAGGUUCUUCGAGAACCUGAACGGUGUGGUCACCGCGCUGGACAACGUCGAAGGGCGUCGGUACCUAGACCGUCGAUGCGUGCAAUACUGCAAGCCGUUUCUGGAUUCGGGCACCAUGGGCACCAAGGGCAGCGUUCAGGUGGUCAUCCCGUUGAUGACCGAGUCCUACUCCAGCUCCCAGGACCCUCCCGAGACGUCAGCGCCCGUCUGCACCACCAUCAAGUACUUUCCCUACAGAACAGAGCACACUCUCGAGUGGGCCCGUGAUGAGUUUGAAGGCCUUUUCACGACGAGUGCUGUGAAUGCUGUCAAGUAUUUGAGUGAUUCCAAAUUACCACGUGCUAUAUGUAUUUGCUACCUCCUGUUGGUCAAUGGAAUCCACGAUAGGAGCUCUUCCACCGCGCCUCCAUUGCAGGUUGCCUUGCUGCAAGAGCUCAUGAAGAUUCUUGUGGACGAACGGCCUAUGGUAUUCGACGAUUGUGUUGAAUUCGCCAGGCUGCGCUUUCAGGAGCAGUACAACACCAACAUCAGGCAGGUCCUACAGGUACAUCCCGAGGGGCAGCUCACCCGCAAGGGCACGCCGUUCUGGUCGGGAAGCAGGCGCUGCCCCCACCCGAUCGAGUUCGACCCCAACAACACGCUGCACAUGGACUACAUCGUGGCUGCGGCGAACCUGCGGGCGGCGAUGUUCGGCAUCGCGCAAAACACGGACCGCGAAGCGAUUACCCGGAUGCUCGAAGAUGUCGAAGUUCCCGUCUUCGAGCCGCACGGAAACGAUAAGGUCGCCGUCUGCGAUGACCGCUCCACGUCACGUGAUGAGACGGAGCUCGUGUGCGAUCUGCUGGAGGAGCUCCCAGCUCCAAGGGAUCUUCGCGACUUGACGCUAAAGGCGCUCGAGUUCGACGUGGACGACGAGUCCAACUUCCACGUGGACUUCAUCGUGGCGGCUUCGAACCUGCGCGCCGCGAACUACAACAUUGAGCCGGCCGACCGGCUGAAGAGCAAGCUCGUCGCGGGGAAGAUCAUUCCGGCUAUCGCCACCACCUCGUCGCUUGUGGCGGGCCUCGCUUGCCUCGAAAUAUACAAGCUGGUUCAAGAACACGACAGGCUGGAGCUUUACAAGAACAGCUUCGUCAACUUGGCGCUGCCUUUCGUUGGUUUCUCAGAACCCGUUCCACCUGCUUGGAAAAAGUUCCGCAACCAAGAGUUCUCUUUCUGGAACUGCAUCGAAAUUAAGGGAGAGUUGACUCUUUCGGAGCUUCUGGAGUAUUUCAGGAUACAGCUAGAUGUCGAAGUCAUGCGCGUGUUGGAAGGAACCCGAACUCUAUAUGAUGCGGAUGCACCCCCUUCGAGGACUAUCAUGAAGCUCGCUGUCAGCAAAGUCCUGGAACGCAUGUCCAUGGCCAAAAUCGACAGACAAAUACGAACCCUGGCUCUUCGGAUCACCGGCAAGGACAUCAACAGCGGAGAGAAAGUGGAGCUGCCUGAAGUGCGAUACAGGCUGCGCAAAUGA